ACGAUGGCAAUACAAAAGAAAGCUCGGAUAACCCUCAGCCUUUGAAGAUCGCCUCUUUGCUCGAUCUGUGGCCGCAGGAGGAGAGAGCAGGGUGAAGAGUCAUGUCGGAACAGCAGGAGGAGAAGCUGACCGAUAUGGACGCCCACAUCAAUCUCAAGGUCAAGAGGCAGGAUGAAAAGGAGGUCUUCUUCAGGAUCAAGCGGAGUACUCAGUUGCAGAAGCUGAUGAAAGCCUACUGCGAUCGUGAAUCAGUCCAUAUCAACUACUUUGUUUUCCUGUUUGACGGCCGUAAGUUACGAGGGGAGCAAACUCCAAAUGAACUUGAGAUGGAAGAAGGCGAUGAGAUUAAUGCCAUGCUGCACCAAGACGGUGGUGGAGAGGAGCUUAAAGAGUGCGUACAAAAUGUUAGUAGCAGUGAUUGUUAGAGUGCAAAACAAUGUCUUGCAUCUGAUCUAACCAACUCUCUUUUUACCAUGUAAAUUGAAUGUUUAAGAGGAUGGUAGGAGAGAUCAUGAGAAUUUCUUCUCAUUUUAGCUUAUGAGUCCCUUUCUAUUCUUUAAGAUUAUAAUGUGAAAUGAACUUGAUCAAACAGCUGUACGUGUUUGCCCAGAAAAGAAACGGUGAGCAUAUUUUGCUA